GAAAAAUUACUGUCCGCUCACAUCAUGAAACGGUUUCCAUCAAUAUGGGACGUUUCCAUGGGAACUGCAAACGAUGUAAACAAGUAAAAGAGCGCUGCCUACUUAGUAUUCGCGAACUUGGUGAUAUGAUCGGAUGGAGAAAUGGUUUAACGGAAGUAAAUUGUGGUUACUGGGGAACCAAUUGCAACUGCUUCCUAAGAGGACUAGGACCCCAUCCAGAACGAUGGAACGAUACGAAAAGAUCGGAAAAUUAGGGGAAGGCAGUUAUGGAAUUGUAUAUAAAUGUAGAAAUCGGGAUACCGGUGAAAUUGUGGCUAUUAAAAAAUUUGCGGAAAGCGAAGAGGACCCUCUCAUUAGGAAAAUUGCACUUAGAGAAAUUAGACUUUUAAAGAACCUUAAACACCCGAAUUUAGUAAAUCUCAUAGAAGUUUUUCGAAGAAAACGGCGUCUCCAUCUUGUGUUCGAAUUCUGCGAAAGGACCGUACUAAACGAGCUGGAAAGGUAUCCCAGAGGAUGUCCAGACCUUCUGACGCAGCAGAUAAUCUGGCAAACUCUACACGCUGUCGCUUAUUGUCAUCAACAUGGGUGCAUCCAUAGGGAUAUCAAACCUGAAAACAUCUUGUUAACGGGAACUGGAGUGGUCAAACUGUGUGAUUUUGGAUUUGCUAGGAUGUUAAAUCCAGGGGAAAAUUACACGGAUUAUGUGGCAACUAGAUGGUACAGAUCUCCUGAAUUAUUGGUAGGGGAUACACAGUAUGGUACUCCUGUAGACGUUUGGGCAAUAGGAUGUGUACUAGCUGAAUUGAUAAAGGGAGAGGCGCUUUGGCCGGGCAAAUCAGAUGUGGAUCAGCUCUUCCUAAUCAGAUCGACAGUGGGAGAUCUAUUGCAACGACACAUGCAAGCGUUUAAAAAUAAUGAUUUCUUCAAUGGCGUUAUUUUACCGGUACCCACGCAAUUAGCACCUUUGGAGGUCAAAUUGCCCAUGUGCAAUUCCACUGUGAUAGAUUUCCUCAAGAAAUGCUUAGAUAAAGAUCCUACCAAAAGAUGGACGUGCGAAAGACUUCUUACCCAUGAGUAUUUUGAAAAUUUCAAUUUUAAAGUUGACGAAGGCGAUGUACAAAACAUAGAAAGAAUACGAGAUAAGUCAAGGAAUUCACUUCUUGGGACCUCUUUGCCCCAACUGACGGGGUCCAAGCCUGUUAGUCCUUUAAAGCCAAGCAACAGUUUACAAAAAUCUAAAGCCGAUCAUCAUCUACCGACCAUAUGACAAAGAUUUUCGUUCUUUAAAUGACUUAAAGAGCAUAUUUUUUCUACUGACAGAUUUAUUGUUAAUGGCACGUUUUGUAAAACGCACUAAACAAAAAACAAUAAUUUGAAUGUACAAAUAUUUACUACAGGCUUUAUUUUUUCU